AUGCGUGUCCGAAUUGCAUCGAAGGCGGCCACAGCAUUGCUGCUGGCGCUUGUGUCCACGGCGGCAACAGCACCAUCCCAAGACAAACACACCAACGACCGCGUUGCAGGUCUUCCCUACAAGGCUGGCGAGCAGCCACUGCACGAAAGUUACGCAGGCCACAUCACCGUGCGUCAGUUCACACCUGACAGCGGUGCUGAGAACAGCGGUACGGCAAAAUUGUUCUACUGGUACUUCCCCGCCAUUGCGCCCAAGGUUGAGAAGCCGCCGCUUGCUCUAUGGAUCCAGGGCGGGCCCGGCUCGAGCUCCAUGAUCGGUCUGUUUACUGAGAUGGGACCGCUGGAGCUGACCGAUGACGGGCAGUUUACGCGUCGUAACAUCACCUGGGCCAACGAGUACAACUUCUUGGUGGUCGACCAACCGGUAGGCACGGGGUUCAGCUCUUCAGGCGACUUCAGGGACGGGUAUGUCACCAACAUGCGUGCAGUCGGCAAAGACAUGUGGAAGUUCAUGCAAGAGUUUUAUGCGCUCCGGCCCGAGCUGCGCGAGCACGAGUUUUUCGUGUUCAGCGAGUCGUAUGGCGGCAAGUUCGUGCCAGCCAUAGGUGUGUACUUUGACGAGCAGAACCAGAAGCUUGGUGAGGGGCAUCUGGAGCGCAUCAACCUAAAGGGGCUGUCCAUUGGCAACAGCUGGGUGCAUCCGCCGCUACAGAUCCUGGCACACGGCGGUAUUGGAUUCGCAUGGGGGCUGCUGGAUGCGAACCAGGCGGACACAGUCGACCUUCUGGCGUUCAAGGCGCUGAACCAUACAAUGCUGGGCGAUCUGGCACGAGGCACCGAUGCGCGUAACCUGAUGUUCGACUACUUCAAGAAUGUCACUGGUGGCAUCAACUGGUACGAUAUUCGGCAGCGCAACCACCAGUACAAGCGUACGUACCUGGACCGCGGCCUGAACCAGCCUGUGGUGCGUAAGGCGCUGCACAGCGAAGACAUUGCGUAUGGCAAGGACUGGGGUGUCUACUACCACCUGAUGGAGGAUAUCAUGCGCACCACCGCUCCGCUGUUCCCGUACCUGCUUGAGCGCAUGCCCGUAAACCUGAACCAGGGCCAGUUUGAUUUCCGCGACGGUGUGGCUGGAAACACACUGUGGAUCAACGAACUCGAAUGGACAAACAAGCACAAGUUUGCGCUGGCGGAUCGCGACCAGUGGUGGAUCGGCAACGAGCUCAGCGGCUACAUGCGCCAGGGCGGCGGAUUGUCGCACUGGGUCAUCUUGAACGCUGGCCACAUGUCACCCGGCGAUCAGCCUGAGGCAUGUCUCAAUAUGGUGAAUCGUAUUAUCAAGGGCUGA